AUGGAAAACACAUUCUGUAGCCAUCCCCUUCGGGUGCGAAAGUAUUUAAUUAGUUGUGGUGCAUACCUCGGUCCAGAAGCGUCUAAAUGUUCCAAAGGUAGCUUUGGUCAGAAUUGCAUUGGUUCUUGUCAUUGUUCCCUGCCAUGUAACCACGUGAGUGGAUCGUGUCCAGGUGAUUGUGAUGCAGGAUACACCGGAUUCAGCUGCCAAAAAGAAUGUGAAGGAGAUAGAUUUGGUGUAAACUGUAACAGUGUAUGUCACUGUGUCGACAACAAAAACUGCAGCAGACGAAAUGGAAUAUGUCUAGAUGGAUGUGCUGCUGGAUAUGAAGGCGACAAUUGUCAACAAGAGAAAACAACCAAGAAUAUCCUAGUGUUUAUAUUAGUUCCAUUGCUUCUGUUUGUCAUCCUAGCCAUGGGAAUAGUGGCUGCAAUUUGGUGUUGGAAAAAAAAGAAAAUUGCAAAACGUGAUAAGAGAGUUCGCAAAACAUCGGAAAAUAUGUAUUCAGAAGCCAUUCCUGAUGAUACAGCACAUAUCUAUGAAGAUAUACAGAUGAAGGAAAGCGAAGGUGUAUGCAUCAACAAAAUCACUUCCUUGCCUCAGUCAAAUCUACAGAAUUACGUUGCUCAGAAGAAACAGGAAGUGGAACCAUUUAAUGAUGAAUUCUUGAGGUUGCCACAGACCGUACUACUCCCUUAUACCGAAGCAACCAAACCUGAGAAUUCAAAGAAGAAUUUGCAUAACUCUAUACUUCCAUACGACCAUUCACGUGUGAAACUUCAGCCUGACGAGAUAUCUUCCUCAGAUUACAUCAAUGCAAAUUUCAUCAGUAACCAGCGUUAUAUUGCUUGUCAAGGUCCUACACAAAGUACACUGACAGACUUUUGGAGGAUGAUUUGGCAAUUAAAAUGUAAUACUAUAAUCGCAUUAAAAGAUACGAUUACUUCAGGAAAGAUGAUGUGUAUGCAGUAUUGGCCAGAUGAAGAGCAUACUGAGUCAUUUGGCACCAUCCGAGUUACGCAUAUCAACACUAGAUCUCAUACAACUUAUAUACACCGAAGAUUUAUUAUUUCAAAGACAGGUCUUUAUUUACAGACAGGUGCUUGUCAGUAUGAAAACGAAAGUUGGACAAUCGAUCAAUUCUUCUUUAGAAAAUGGCCAGAUCAUGACAUUCCACAACACGCCGAAUAUAUUUUAGAUUUUAAAACUGCAUUAAAGUCUAAGAAUAUAACAUACCCUUUGGUCGUACAUUGCAGUGCUGGUGUUGGUCGUACCGGAACUUACAUUUGCAUUGACAUUCUUCUAAAUGAGAUGUUGACUGGUGAAUCUGUUGAUGUAUUGGCAUGUGUCACGAAGCUUCGGGAGGAGAGGAUGCAUAUGGUCCAGAAAAGGACACAGCUGGAGUUUAUAUAUGAUGUUUUAGUGGAAAACAUUCUCACCAAAGAUUACGACAUCGAUGUCAGUAACAUUCCAGUAGAAUUCUCUAGAAUAAAGGAAACUGAUAAUUCAACAAGUGUAUCAAUUUUGGAGCAUCAGUUUCAGGGUGUAAUAAAACAAGUCCAACUACAUGACAUGAGCAUUACAUUAAAAGAGGAUGAGUUAGCUAAUUUCGAUAUGAACGGAGUAUUCAUUGAUGGUCCUUCAUGUGAAAGUGAAUUUCUUGUUACGGAAACACCAAGGGAAGGUAAAGCAGCGUAUUUCCUGAAAUGCCUGAUCAACAAAGGUUAUCUCAAUAUCGUAGCAUUCUUAGAUCCAAGUGGAGAUCCACCUAAUUACUUGCCAAGGACACUAAAUGAAUCUGUUAAACUUGGGCAGUAUCUCCUAGAACUAGUUAGUGUUGAGGACAAAGGUAUAUGUAUAUGCAGUACUUUAAAGGUUAGGUUCCACAACAAGAAAAUGUCGAGGAUGGAAGAAUAUGAGAUCAAUCACUUCCUGGUUACCAUAUGGGUGGAUGAAAAUUAUCCAUCAUGUGGCGAUGUUUUAAAUCUAAGUAAUAUGCUAAGAACCCGUCAAAACGAGCAGUUCAAUAAAAAAAUUGCCAUACACUCAAGAGAUAAUUUUUAUAAAAGUGGUUUGUUGUGCGUCAUUCACAUUUUAAAAGAUGCAAUAACCAGUCAAUCAGUAAUCAACAUAGUUCGAUUAGUUCGACUGAUCAAGAAAAUUGAACCAAAUAUAAUACCUGACUGUGAGUCCUACGCUUACAUUUGGGAAGUUGCUGAAUACUUGCAAAAAGAAUCCCUUUUAUACACAAAUUUCAUGCAGUGAUACAUGGGUGGGUGGUGUGAAUAUUUUUAUAGACCCCACAUUAUAGAUGUUACGAGUUAAGCGGUGAUGUAUGCAAACAAUUUAUUUCCUUGUUGGAUAAAGAAAACCAACGAUUAGCGGCAAUUGCUUGUAUCUCUCAAAGGAAAUGGAGACAUUUUCAAGAAACUAGUACUUAAUUUGUCGACCCUGAGAGGCAAAGUCGACCUCGGCGGAAUUUGAACUCAGAGCGUAGCGGCAGACGAAAUGCCGUUUAGCAUUUCGUCCGGCGUGCUAACGAUUCUGCCAGCUCGCUGCCUUGAAAUUAAUGAUAAUGUUAAAAGGAAACAUCAUCUCACUUUUUGUAGAAGUAAAUAUUGAAAAUUAAUCUUUGUUUGCACAUACAGGCCAACUAUGUGACAUAGUUCUGUAAUAAUACAUUAUGCUAGUUACAGUGACCAAAAUUUAUCCGGUACACCUUUUCUUCAUGAAAAAAAAAUGCACUAAAUUUAUGGUUUUUGAUAAGCCAAAAGAUAUCUAUUCUUGCCUACAGAUAACUGGGGUUUUUUCUCUUCUAUAGAGAAGUCAAUUAACUUUGAAAUAUUAAAAUUAAUUUCUUCAAAUGAUUUCCUUUUUUUCAUUGAGACUUUGCAACAAUUGCUGCUAAAUUCUUUUUUUCUCUUGUCUCCAACUGGGAAGAAAAAUUUCAUUGAAUAAUUAAUUUUUUCCUUUUUCUUGUACAUGUGUACGACAUUCAGUAAAUCGCCGCUUAACUUCGGGUCAUUUACCCUUUUGAGUUAUUUCCCUUAACUCAUUAAAAAAAAAAAAUUAUAUCUCACAGCAUAUAUAUUUUUACUUAUCAUCUGAUUUAUUACAAUCAGUCUCUUCCCUCUCUUCUUCUCACCAUUUAAAAAAAAUAUUUUCUUCUUUAUAUUGCCCAAUACGUUUCUCUAUUUUUCUUUAUUCUUAUUGUUUUUACUUAAUAUAUUUAAUCAACAUAUUCGAGAUUUUAAGUUUUAUUAAUACCAUAUAUCGCAUGACAUAGAAAUUCAGCCGGUAACCUUCAGUUAUUGCGAAACGGCGACAAGAAACUAAUUCGUUUACCACUGCUAUCUUUUUAAUUGUCAUACCACCACUGUCAUCUCAAUUCAUUUACCAUAUCUCUUGUCUCUAUUCAUAUACGGUUGGUAGCUUCUUUCAUAUACUGUUGCUACCAUUUCACUGAACGGUGUCCUUCAGUUCAAAGACCACUGGUGUCUUCCUAAUUCAUAUACCAUGGUGCCAUGACUAUUGAAACAGUACGGCUGUCGUAUCAAUACGUAUAAAAUUGUUGUAUUCUCCAUCCAUAUACCCUUGAUAUCUAUCGCAUUUAUAUACAGUUUGUAUUCUCUCCAAUCAGAUUCAUAUCCAAGGCGUUCUUCAAAAGUCAUAUGCUGGUAUUUUUCUCUCAGAUCAUACACGUCAAUUGUUGCUCUGUCUUUAUCGUUAAUGUCCUCUCCAUUCAUUUACAACCAUUGCUUUCUCGAUUCAUAGACCUGCAGUUGGUGUCAAUACCGUUGUUUAUAUCAUGAAAAUAAUAGUCAAUAAUAUCUUAAUUCAGUCACCUACAUUUUGCUUGGUACUCACAAGAAAUCUUCCGUAAUAUCAGUAUUAAUGAUUGCAUUUGUGACCAACGUUGCCUAUAUAUGUAAAAAAAGCAAUAUAAUUGUGUAAUCUCUUUUGUAAUCUGUAUCAAUAAAGAUAUAAAUAUAAACUCUGGCCUCACGUGAAAAAUAAUAAAUUUAUCUAUAUCUAUAAAA